GGGGCGGUAGGAGGGAGGCCAUUUCCUCAACCCCACUUCUCAGAUUCAGCACCUAGAGCAGAACCAGGAAGGAUUCUGGGAGCCAGAGAGGACUGACAGACGGCAAGUCCCCUAGAGAAAACUGUUCCCUCUGGGGUCAGAUGACUAGGGUGGGGGUGGAUGGCCACUGUGUGUGAGUGCCCUGCCCCAUGGGAGAGGAGGAAAUGUGAGGCUUGGAGAGCAGAAACAGGAAAGGAAAGGGAGGUGUCAGGAGGGGGAGAAAAGUCGGGGUGCAUCCAGGGGAGGGGCCGUUCUGAAGCCGGUCUAGGAACACUGCCCUGGGAUGAUAGCGGGCGCGUGAAGGGAAGCGUCAAAACCACCUGAUAGACCUGAUAUAACUCUCUUUAAUGCACCCCCUUCCUGACCCAGCUUCUCUCCCUUCUCUCCUCCUCAGUUCAAGAGGGUGGAGACCAGAGUGGGGAAGAACCCGGCCGGGGGGAAUGAGCCGGGCAUGGGGAAGGGGGCCUUUCUUAAGGCAGGAGUUCCCUGCACAGCGAUCUCCAGUAUCUCAAGUAGAGUGGCCCCAGGAACGCCACAUAACGGUGGGGUUCAUGGUCCGGCGGGUGCUAGUGGCUGGCCUGCUUUUCAGUCUGCUCCUUGGUUCUUCUGUGCUUUUGGUCUACAUCUUCAGGAGCUGUGGCCCUAGGCCCUGCAGGACGCCCGAGUGUCAUGAUCUUCAGGCUCAUUACCUGGCCUCUGGGAACACCAGUGUGGCCCCCUGCACCGACUUCUUCAGCUUUGCCUGUGGAGACGCCAAAGGCACCAAGAGCUCUUUUCAGGCUCUUGCAGAGGAGAACAAGAGGAGACUUCGGAAAAUACUGGAAGAGCCAGGUUCCCGGCACCUGGGCACUGGGGAGGACAAAGCUUUCCAGUUCUACAGCUCCUGUGUGGACACAGGUGCCAUCGAAGCCGAAGGGGCUGCCCCCCUCAGACAAGUCAUUGAGGAGCUUGGAGGCUGGCGAAUCUCCGGUAAUUGGACUUCCUUAGACUUUAACCGAACCCUGAGCCUUCUGAUGAGUCAGUAUGGUUAUUUCCCAUUCUUCAGAGCCUACCUGCGACCUCAUCCUACCCUUCCACACACGCCAGUCAUUCAGAUAGACCAGCCAGAGUUUGAUCUUCCCCUCAAGCAAGAGCAGGAACAGAAGAUCUAUGCUCAGAUUGUGCGGGAAUACCUGGCUUAUCUGAGUCGGCUGGGAGCCUUGCUAGGAGGAGACCCAGACAAGGUGCAACAACAUGCCUUCCUGUCCAUCUCCAUUACCUCACAGCUGUUUCAGUUUCUGAGGCCCCUGGAGGAGCAGCAGGCACAGAAGAAGCUCUUCCAGCUGGUCACUAUUGACCAACUGCAGGAAAUGGCCCCUGCCAUCGACUGGUUGUCCUGCUUGCAAGCGACAUUCACGCCAAUGUCCCUGAGACCCUCCCAGCUCCUCGUAGUCCAUGACCUGGAGUAUUUGAAAAACAUGUCUCAGCUGGUGGAAGAGCAGCUGUUGAAAUACAGAGACUUUCUGCAGAGCCACAUGAUCUUGGGGCUGGUGGGGACCCUCUCUCCAGCCCUGGACAGUAAGUUCCAGGAGGCACGCAGAUCACUGAUCCAGAAACUGCGGGAGCUGACCCAACGACCACCCAUGCCCACCAGCCCUCGAUGGAUGAAGUGCGUAGAGGAGACAGGAGCCUUCUUCGAGCCUACCCUGGCAGCCUUGUUUAUUCAUGAGGCCUUCAGUCCGAAAACCCAAAGUGCUGCCAUGGAACUAUUCACUGCAAUCAAGGACACCCUCAUCGCUCGCCUCAGGAGGGUUCCCUGGAUGGAUGAGAAGACCCGGAAAGAGGCCCAGGAUAGGGUCACCCAACUGCAAGUGAAGAUGGGGGGCCCAGAAUGGGCCCUGAAGCCAUCACUGGCCAGGGAGGAAUACAACGAUAUACAGCUUGGACCCAGCUACCUGCAGUCCUUCCUGAGCUGUGUCCGAUCUCUCCGAGCUAGAAUUGUCCAGAACUUCUUGCAGUCUUUCCCCCAGCACAGGUGGCAGGUGUCCACCUGGGGGGUCAGUGCUUACUAUUCAAUAUCUGACCAUGUGGUGGUCUUCCCAGCCGGACUCCUCCAACCUCCAUUCUUCCACCCUGGCUAUCCCAGAGCCGUGAACUUUGGCGCUGCUGGCAGCAUUAUGGCCCAUGAGCUGCUGCACAUCUUCUCCCAGCUGUUACUCCCUGGGGGCUGCCCAGCCUGUGACACCCAUGCCCUACAGGGGGCGCUGCUGUGCCUGAAACGCCACUACCAAUCCAUUCCGUUACCCAGUGGACUCUCCUUCAAUGGCUCUUGGACACUACUGGAGAAUGCCGCCGACAUCGGGGGGGUGGCCAUGGGUCUAGAGUCUAAGGGUUACUUGCCAUCCCACCCCCAUAUCCAGGCGUACAGCAGGAGGCUGUUAAGGUACUACGGAGAGACUAUCCUGCCCAACCUGGACCUCAGCCCUCUACAGCUCUUCUUCCGAAGCUAUGCCCAGGUGAUGUGUAGGGAGCCCAGCACCUGGGAACCCCAGGAUCCUCACAGCCCUCCCAUGCUUCGAGUACAUGGGCCCCUCAGCAACAUGCAAGCCUUUGCCAGACACUUCCACUGUCCGCGUGGUGCCCUCAUGAACCCCUCCAGCCGCUGCCAGCUCUGGUAACCUGGCUACCACGGAGACUCCAACUUAGAUGUAACAACACCUCCCUGCCCCAUCCAUGGAAUCAGACGCUAUCUCCUUUCCCUUUCCCUUCCAAAAAUAAAAGCUGGCACUUGGCUUCUUACUGUCCAUUAAUGACUCUUUCCUAAUAUGUUCUAU